AUGGGUGGAAUAACAGAGAGCCAGCUCGAGGCCAUCAGUGCCAUCGAGAGAGCAUGCUCCGUCUUGUCGCUCUUGGGCUGUCUCUUCACAAUCGUUACCUUUUGUUCCUCACAAUCCUUUCACAAGCCAAUCAACAGAUUGGUCUUUUAUGCCUCCUUUGGCAACAUGUUGACAAACAUUGGAACGCUGAUGUCACGGUCCUACUUGGCAAACAUCACAUCCUUUGGCUGUCAGUUCCAAGCAUUCCUUAUUCAGCUGUUCAUGCCUGCAGACGCUUUUUGGACCUUGGCCAUGGCCAUCAAUGUGUAUCUUACGUUCUACUUCAAAUUUGACGCCGCACGCCUGCGACGCAUGGAAAUUCCGUACUUAAUAGCUUGCUACGGCAUCCCCCUUGUCCCUGCUUUCGUAUUCCUCUUUAUCAAGAAUGGCGAGGGAACCCGCGUGUAUGGAAAUGCUACUCUGUGGUGCUGGAUCUCUUACGACUGGGAUAUCCUACGAAUUGUGGCCUUCUAUGCCCCUGUCUGGGUUGUAAUUUUCAUCACCUUUUUCAUCUAUAUCCGAGCCGGCCGCACCAUUUAUGAAAAACGCAAGCAGCUUCGCGACUUCCACUCCUCUGACCCUGACCCUCUAUCUGUCAACGGCGAUGCCAUCUCUACCGUGAAGACUACUGAAAUCACCGUCACCACCGAGAUGGCAGGAGACAAGGAAAUCCAGCUUGCUAGCAUGAAUCGACGAGACGUCAACGUCAACGUGGGACCAAGUGCAAGAAGCCCCAACGGUGCUUACUCGGUGCACAUCUCGGCGGACUCGUACAGCUCACCCCAAUCCAACGAUGAAGUUUCCCUGCCCAUGCAAGGAACGACACUGCAGCAGACUCCUACGAUACAGAAUAUCCCUCGAAGACCAGCAAAUAUGGCACGACGACGAAACCAUGAACUCAACAACGCAGCUUGGUCGUACACGAAGUGCUCUAUCCUCUUCUUCACGGCUAUUCUCAUUACUUGGAUCCCAUCCAGCGCCAAUCGAGUAUAUUCGUUGAUACAUUCGAAGGACACAUCUGUCCCAUUAGAAUUCAUGAGUGCCUUUGUGCUCCCGCUUCAAGGAUUUUGGAACGCUGUCAUCUAUGCUGUUACAUCGUGGUCAGCGUGCGUCGAGUUUUUCGACACCCUGAGAUUCGGGAGAAAACCCGACGUGCCGGAGUUUGUUGUCGGUAGACGCGGUGGCGACAAGGGUUUAUCAGUACAUCAGCGUCGUCGGAGUCAAUUCAGAUCACCGGCUGGCAGCUCCAGAACGUUUGCGUCUGAUAGCACAACAGAGUUGGCCAAGGCCCGAGCAGACUCUGCCGAUGGCAGCCAACACUGUUAA